AUGAACACCCGGCAGCCCAUAUCCCACACCGCAAAACCAACCCUGCCAAAGCUACUAUGUGUCUCGUUCAACCAGGACCAGGACUGCUUUGCAAUCGGCCACGAAAACGGCUUCAGGGUCUACAGCUCAGACCCCAUGGUCGAACGUGUCAAGCGUACCUUCAAUAAGUCUUCCUCCUCAUCAAGAUCAGGUAUCGGCCACAUCUCAAUGCUACACAGAACAAACUUCUUGUCCUUAGUAGGCGGCGGCAAGAACCCUAAAUUCCCCAUCAACAAAGUCAUCAUCUACGACGACCUCAAAAAGAAAAACACUCUCAGCCUAGAAUUCAUGAGCCCUGUUCUCAACGUGUUUCUCUCCCGUAUCAGAAUCAUCCUGGUGGUCGAAACUCAUGUGUAUGUUUACGCCUUCUCAUCGCCCCCAAAAUUAAUCGCCACUUAUGAAACAAUCAGAAACCCUUAUGGUGUUUCUGAUUUGUCCAACUCCCUCUCUAUCAAUAAUGACACCUCUCCUACAGCACCAUCAUCUUCAUCUUCAUUAUCAUCAUCUUCUUCGUUGUUGUUGUCGUCCUCCUCCUCCUCACCAGCUUCCCAACUGUCCGUCAACGAAAUCCUCGCAUUCCCUGGACGUCAACCCGGCCAAUUACAAAUCGUUGACAUCUCCCCACAACACCAGCAUCGGAACUUGAUUUCCAUAUUCAAAGCCCAUCGCUCACCAAUCAGAUGCAUCAGUCUCAACCGUCAAGCCACAAUGGUGGCUUCCGCCCUGGAAACUGGAACGAUUAUCAGAGUCCACUCCAUCCUGAAUUGCUCGUUAUUGUACGAAUUUAGAAGAGGUCUAGAUAAAGCAAUUGUUUACGCGAUGAAGUUUUCCCCGGAUGGAACCAAAUUGGCGGUGAUCAGUGAUAAACAGACAUUACAUGUGUUUAGAUUAGACCGUCACAUGUCCUCAAAGGCCACUGGCGGCUCAGCUAGUAGAGAUUCUACUCCGUCUCCUUCGACCACUGACUCAUCCGCUUUAUCUUCUGGCAAUCCUGGCGCGGUCGGUGCCACCAAUCAAGACUCCCUCAAUCGCCAACACUUCCUCAGAUCAUUGCCAAUUUUCACAUCAUAUUUCCAACUGCAAUGGUCAUUUGUAUCGCUUCAUUUAUCACCAAACCCAUCGCUAACAACAGCCUCGAGCUCAUCCACAGUAAACUCCAGUUCAAAAGCUACGGGAAUUGGCAAUAGUCAUACUGCAGAAAAAUUCAACGAAUCUAUUAACUCAAACUCCCAGAUAAAUGACAGGGCUGCCCUUGGCUGGUCAUCUGAUGAUUCAAUUAUCUUGGUCUGGAAGUUUAGAGGAAAAUGGGAAAAAUACGUGAUUGUGAAAAACGAAAGUACCAAUGAAUGGGGGUUGGAAAGAGAAGGAUGGAGACUGUUCGGGGAAUUUCAGUGA